AUGAAAAGAAACAACUGCCAGGGUCUGCCAUCCAGAAUGCCAGACAAUACCGCGUUUCAACAGCAGCAGUUGCCAGCCUGCAGACCUUCCCUCACGGCCCGGGCAGUCCUCCCUGGCUUCUUUGCCACUGGAGUAUCCUUUCUUGGCAUGGGCAUCCUCCUCAUAUUAUCUGCAAAGAGUGUCAAGGAAAUUGAGAUUACAUAUACAGACUUAUGCUCAAAUUGUUCGAAACUGAGGGAAAAUGCCUCUAAUUUCUACAAAGAGUGUACCUGCUCAAUUCCUUUCUUCAUUCCAGAGAAAAUGCCAGGCAAUGUUUACAUGUACUAUAAACUGCACAACUUCUAUCAGAACUAUCGCCGAUACAUUAUUUCCAGAAAUAAUCGCCAGCUUUUGGGAGAAGAUAAUACGGAUGUUGAGAACUGUGCUCCAUUCCAGAGGGCUUCCAAUGAUAGGCCCAUUGCUCCUUGUGGCGCCAUUGCCAACAGCAUGUUCAAUGACACUAUUCUUCUGUCAUACUACCCUAACUCAUCUACAGGAAUCAACGUCCCACUACUCAGCAGUGAGAUUACGUGGUGGACCGAUAAGCAUGUCAAGUUUCAGAAUCCCAAGUCCAGUAACCUUUCCAGUGCAUUUGCAGGAACUGCCAAGCCUCCUUACUGGAGGAAGCCUGUCUAUCAGUUGGACCAAGAGAAUCCAGAAAACAAUGGUUUUCUCAACAAUGACUUCAUUGUCUGGAUGCGGGUAGCAGCCCUUCCCACUUUCAAAAAGCUCUACAGGCGCAUCCACAGAAUCCAGCAGUUUGCCGAUGGCCUCCCUGCCGGGAAUUACAGCCUCGACAUAUCCUACAACUUCCCUGUUACCGUAUUCAAAGGAGAAAAGGGAGUGGUGCUUUCCACAGCGACGUGGAGUGGAGGGAAGAACUUCUUUCUGGGUGUUGCCUAUACGGCCACAGGAGCGAUGACAUGGCUCGCUGCCUUUUCCCUGAUGGCAGUCCACUUAAAACUGAAAAAGAAGAAGGCAUCCUUCCAAUGUUAA